GAGCUCUUGUCCCCUGAGACAGUUUUGUGAACCUUUUGCUUGAAGAGGGAAGAACAGACAUAGGUAUCAAACGAAGAAAACAUGGUUUAUAUCACGAUGAGGGCUUUGGUAGUAUUUCUGGUAUCUGCACUCGUAGUAACUGUGAUCGCAGAUUCAAGUUCCGAAUCCAACUCUGGGAGUGGAAGUCGGAGUGGGAGUUGGAGUGGUAAGCGACGGAGGCGAACUACCAGAGCGCCAACGACGACUCAGCCUGCCACUGUCAUAACCACUGGAUUAAAACCUACAACUAUCCAGGCCAUGGCGACAACUAGCUCGACGCAAACAUUUACAACUCCAUCAGCAUGUGUUCAGACCUGCAUUGAUAUGUGUUCAACGACCACAUUCGCAGCAACUACAACGAUUCCAAAUGAGGCAACAACCAAGCUGUCGACGGAUGUCCAGUCUCAAACUACUCAAGGGGCUACAACUAACACACCGACAGCUGGUAGUUUGGUUACACAACUACCGACUGAAAGUCCUACAGAACUGCCAACGCAGGCUGGAACAACAACAAUUCUUCCAACUGAGGGGACAUCAAGCCCGUCACCAGAAGCAACAAGUGCGAACCCAACCGAAUCCACAUCCGAGUCUACGACAAAAUCAUUAACCAGUGAUGCAACGCCAGCAACAACUCAGGUAGCAACUGCUACUCCUACUCAAGCAACAACCAAUGCUCCUACUCAACCAACAACAAAUGCUCCCACUCAAGUAGCAACCAAUGCUCCUACUCAAGCAACAACCAAUGCUCCUACUCAAGCAACAACCAAUGCUCCCACUCAAGCAACAACCAAUGCUCCUACUCAAGCAACAACCAAUGCUCCUACUCAAGCAUCAACCAAUGCUCCUACUCAAGCAACAACCAAUGCUCCUACUCAAGCAACAAGCAAUGCUGCUACUCAAGCAACAACCAAUGCUCCAACUCAAGCAACAACCAAUGCUCCUACUCAAGCAACAACAAAUGCUCCCACUCAAGCAUCAACCAAUGCUCCCACUCAAGCAACAACUAAUGCUGCUACUCAAGCAUCAACCAAUGCUCCCACUCAAGCAACAACCAAUGCUCCUACUCAAGCAUCAACCAAUGCUCCCACUCAAGCAACAACCAAUGCUGCUACUCAAGCAAUAACCAAUGCUCCUACUCAGGCAACAACAAAUGCUCCCACUCAAGUAACAACCAAUGCUCCCACUCAAGCAACAACCAAUGCUCCUACUCAAGCAACAACCAAUGCUCCUACUCAAGCAUCAACCAAUGCUCCCACUCAAGCAACAACCAAUGCUCCUACUCAAGCAACGAGCAAUGCUGCUACUCAAGCAACAACCAAUGCUCCAACUCAAGGAACAACCAAUGCUCCCACUCAGGCAACAACUAAUUCUCCAACUCAAGCAACAACCAAUGCUGCUACUCAAGCAACAACCAAUGCUCCUACUCAAGCAACAACAAAUGCUCCUACUCAAGCAUCAACCAAUGCUCCUACUCAAGCAACAACUAAUGCUGCUACUCAAGCAUCAACCAAUGCUCCCACUCAAGCAUCAACCAAUGCUCCUACUCAAGCAACUACCAUUGCUCCAACUCAAGCAACAACUUCAAAUGUCAUUUCCAUUACACCUCUGACUGACAUUGUAACAAAUGCAGCUGUUAUAACGACGACUGCUCCUGUGGAAUUAACGACCAUUGCCGAGACUACUGAGACGAAAUUAUCAACAAAGGCCCCUCAAGAGACAACAACAUCUGUUCUCACACAAGCCUCAACAAACGCCCCCACUCAAGCAACAACCAAUGCUCCUACUCAAGCAACAACAAAUGCUGCUACUCAAGCAACAAGCAAUGCUCCUACUCAAGCAACAAGCAAUGCUGCUACUCAAGCAACAACCAAUGCUCCAACUCAAGGAACAACCAAUGCUCCCACUCAGGCAACAACCAAUUCUCCAACUCAAGCAACAACCAAUGCUCCCACCCAAGCAACAACCAGUGUUCCUACUCAAGCAACAACCAAUGCUGCUACUCAAGCCUCAUCAAACGCUCCUACUCAAGCAACAACCAAUGCUCCCACUCAAGCCUCAACAAACGCUCCUACCCAACCAACAACCAAUGCUGCUACUCAAGCAACAACCAAUGCUGCUACUCAGGUCUCAACAAACGCUCCUACUCAAGCAACAACAAAUGCUCCUACUCAAGCAACAAGCAAUGCUGCUACUCAAGCAUCAACCAAUGUUCCUACUCAAACCUCAACAAAUGCUCCUACUCAAGCAAUAACCAAUGCUCCCACUCAAGCAACAACCAAUACUCCUACUCAAGCAACAACCAAUGCUCCUACUCAAGCAACAACAAAUGCUCCUACUCAAGCAUCAACCAAUGUUCCUACUCAAACCUCAACAAAUGCUCCUACUCAAGCAAUAACCAAUGCUCCCACUCAAGCAACAACCAAUGCUCCUACUCAAGCAACAACAAAUGCUCCUACUCAAGCAACAAGCAAUGCUGCUACUCAAGCAACAACCAAUGCUCCAACUCAAGGAACAACCAAUGCUCCCACUCAGGCAACAACUAAUUCUCCAACUCAAGUAACAACCAAUGCUCCUACUCAAGCAACAACCAAUGCUCCUACUCAAGCAACAACAAUUGCUCCAACUCAAGCAACAACUUCAAAUGUCAUUUCCAUUACACCUCUGACUGACAUUGUAACAAAUGCAGCUGUCGUAACGACGACUGUUCCUGUGGAAUUAACGACCAUUGUCGAGACUACUGAGACGAAAUCAUCAACAAAGGCCCCUCAAGAGACAACAACAUCCGUUCUCACCCAAGCAACAACCAAUGCCCCUACACAGGCAACUACCAAUGCUCCUACCCAAGCAUCAACUAAUGCUCCUACUCAAGCAACAACCAAUGCUCCCACUCAAGCCUCAACAAACGCCCCCACUCAAGCAACAACUAAUGCUCCUACUCAAGCAACAACAAAUGCUGCUACUCAAGCAACAACAAGUGCUCCUACUCAAGCAAAUACCAAUGCUCCCAUCCAAGCAACAACCAAUGCUCCUACUCAAGCAACAACCAAUGCUCCUACUCAAGCAUCAACCAAUGCUCCCACUCAAGCAACAACCAAUGCUCCUACCCAACAAACAACCAAUGCUGCUACUCAAGCAACAACCAACGCUGCUACUCAAGUCUCAACAAAUGCUCCUACUCGAGCAACAACCAAUGCUCCCACUCAAGCAACAACAAAUGCUCCUACUCAAGCAACAACCAAUGCCCCUACACAGGCAACUACCAAUGCUCCUACUCAAGCAACAACCAAUGCUCCCACUCAAGAAACAACCAAUGCUCCUACUCAAGCAACAACAAAUGCUCCUACUCAAGCAACAACUAAUGCUCCUACACAGGCAACUACCAAUGCUCCUACUCAAGCAUCAACCAAUGCACCCACUCAAUCAACAACAAAUGCUCCUACUCAGGCAACCACUAAUGCUCCAACACAGGCAACUACCAAUGCUCCUACUCAACCAACAACCAAUGCUGCUACUCAAGCAACAACCAAUGCUGCUACUCAAGUCUCAACAAAUGCUCCUACUCAAGCAACAACCAAUGCUCCUACUCAAUCCUCAACAAACGCCCUCACUCAAGCAACAACCAAUGCUCCUACUCAAUCAUCAACCAAUGCACCCACUCAAGCAACAACAAAUGCUCCCACUCAAGCAACAACAAAUGCUCCUACUCAAGCAACAACCAAUGCUCCCACUCAAGCAACAACCAAUACUCCCACUCAAGCAACAACCAAUGCUCCUACUCAAGCAACAACCAAUGCUCCUACUCAAGCAACAACAAAUGCUCCUACUCAAGCAACAAGCAAUGCUGCUACUCAAGCAACAACCAAUGCUCCAACUCAAGGAACAACCAAUGCUCCCACUCAGGCAACAACUAAUUCUCCAACUCAAGCAACAACCAAUGCUGCUACUCAAGUCUCAACAAGUGCUCCUACUCAAGCAACAACCAAUGCUCCUACUCAAGCCUCAACAAACGCCCCCACUCAAGCAACAACCAAUGCUCCUACUCAAGCAACAACCAAUGCUCCCACUCAAGCAACAACCAAUGCUCCUGCUCAAGCAACAACCAAUGCUCCUACUCAAGCCUCAACAAACGCCCUCACUCAAGCAACAACCAAUGCUCCCACUCAAGCAACAACCAAUGCUCCCACUCAAGCAACAACCAAUGCUCCCACUCAAGCAACAACCAAUGCUCCUACUCAAGCAACAACCAAUGCUCCCACCCAAGCAACUACCAAUGCCCCUACUGAGGCAACCACUAAUACUCCAACCGAAGUAGUGACCACAGCAGUUCGAACUCAACCCAUUACAACCACCCCCGUUGUUUCAACCAGCAGCACAACAGUUGCACCAAUCGCCGUUAUAGAGGCAUGCGAAACGUCAUGCUCCCCUAACCAGGCACUUGAGACCUGUCGUCAAAUCUUCGAUGCUUUUGACAUGACUCUCUCUGCCUUGUUCUGUGAUGGCCUAGCUUCUGCCGCAGCAAGUGUCAUCUGCACGGCAUGCGCUCUCAGCAAUAUCAUUUAAUUCACUAAGACGAUGGCGGUACCAAGAUAGAAGGGACCAUAUAAAAAAAAAGAUGAUUCUCCAGUUAGAACAUUGCUCCCUACCAGUUGCAAGCCCGCCCACCGCCUUCCAAAAUACAAACACCCAUGAUUGCAUUCAUGUUAUGUCCCUUGAAUUAUGAUUUAGUUUUUGUUUUUCCCCGCGUCCACCUCAUUUAUUUCCGUUUACUCCGCAUUUUAAACUUCAGCUUGGUGCCGCCACACAGUCUUUCCUAUAUUUUCUUUGCUUCGGUUACUCCCUCUAUAGAAAUAAUGAAUGAAAAUAUAUAAAAUAGGAGACUAAUAUAUUUGAGGAUUGAGAUUAUGAAAGUAAACGGAUGUGCCUGCCGGUAAAUAAUAAUAGUGGUAAUAAUGAUAAUUUUGAAGAAAAAAAAAUCCAUGAAUGCCUAAAUGGCAAGUACUUGACCGUGGCCUUAUUACUUUUACUCAAUACAAUACGAUGGAGAUAUCUUGAAUAGCUGUCCCAUUCAAUAUUUGUUUCUUUCAUUCUUUGUACAUGGUCUAAUUCGGCGCCGAAUAGCUUUAUUUUCCUAUGUUAAUGUAUUUUUUCACAAGAACUUGUUCAGUCAUUGAUUAAUGAAUAAUCAUCAAUUAUUAUGAGUAAAAUGACACUGCCCUUAUGUUGAAGUUAUAUUUUGUUAUCAUUUUAUUUUAAUUGUAAUAUCAAUAUAUAUAUGAUGGUGAUAACAAUGAUGUUACCGCUAUCACCGCCAUCAUUAUCAUGAUUAUCAUUAUCGCAACCACCUUAAUAAAGUGUAAGACAAAAUGCAUA